GAUCGCAACUAACAGAGCGCGGAGCGGCCAACCAAGCCAAGCCUCUCCUUCUUCCUAUCCAAGAGAAAGCCCCAAAACCCUAGAAGUCAAGAACCUUGAAGCAUUCACAGUUCUCACCACUCAGUGCUUUUGUAUCAUUUAAACGGUAUAUUCCUCAAGCUAAAUUUGCCUCGCAGGGAGAGAAUCUGCAAGAACUGAUGGACUUUGACGAAUACGAUUACUUGGAGAAGACAGUUGAGGAGCAGGAAGAUCGAGAUUCGACGAAGAAGAAGAAGGAGAGCAGCGAAAAGGGUGAAAGGAGUUACAGGAAGCGCGAGGUAGACGGUAACCUGGAUGGUGAGGAAAAGAAGAGCAAGAAGAACAGAAGUGACGAGGAGAAUGGGUCAAAGAAGGAUCGUGAUGACCGCGACAGAGGACGUUCCAGCCGUGAAAAGGAGCCACAGGAGCGGCAGGGAGGGGAAGGGGAGAGAGAGCGGGAGAGGAGUAGUAGAGAGAAGGGGAGAGACAAAGAGUGGGACAAGGAUAGGGAGAGGGAUAGAGAAAGAAGAGACAAAGAGAGAGAGAGGGACAAAGAGAGGGAAAGAGAACGGGAGAGAAGGGAGAGGGAGGAGAGGGAGAGGUCCAGGAGAAGCAGAAGUCGUUCUGAUAGAGAUAGAGAGAGAGAACGAGAACUGGAAUUUAGAGAUAGCCGGAGAUUCAGAGAUAAGAAAGAGGCCGUGGAGCCUGAGGCAGAUCCAGAAAGGGAUCAGAGAACUGUUUUUGCGUACCAGAUGCCCUUAAAGGCCGCAGAGAGAGAUGUUUAUGAUUUUUUCUCAAAAGCUGGGAAGGUGAGGGAUGUCCGUCUGAUCAUGGAUAGGAAUUCAAGACGGUCCAAAGGAGUUGGGUAUAUUGAAUUUUAUGAUGCAAUGUCAGUGCCAAUGGCAAUUGCUCUCUCUGGUCAAUUGCUCCUUGGACAACCCGUAAUGGUCAAACCUUCUGAAGCUGAAAAGAACCUUGUUCAGUCUAAUGCUUCCACUGGAGCUGCAGGUGUAGCAGGACCAUAUGGAGCUGUAGACAGGAAACUUUAUGUGGGAAACCUUCAUUUCAACAUGACAGAAAGCCAGCUGAGGGAAAUUUUUGAGCCGUUUGGUCCUGUGGAGCUUGUGCAACUGCCUACUGACCUGGAGACAGGACAUUGCAAGGGUUUUGGCUUUAUUCAAUUUGCCCAUCUUGAACAUGCCAAAGCAGCUCAGAGUUUAAAUGGAAAACUGGAUAUUGCUGGUAGGACUAUCAAGGUUUCAUGUGUAACAGAUCAUGUCGGGAGCCAAGAUACAAGUGCAAAAUCUGCAGACUUUGAUGAUGAUGAAGGUGGAUUGGCCUUAAAUGCUCAAUCUAGAGCAUUGCUAAUGCAGAAGCUGGAUCGAUCUGGCAUUGCCACAAGCAUUGCAGGGUCCGUUGGUGUGCCUGCUGUGAAUGGGUCAGUUUCUGCUCAACAGCCUGUUAGCUUGCCCAGUGCUUCAGGUUUAAUGCCUGCACCAGCUCUCCCAACACAAAUUAUGCCUUCCCCAGUGGCAGAGCCUGUAGGAAGCCCUAGCGAGUGUCUACUGUUGAAGAAUAUGUUUGAUCCUACCACUGAGACAGAACCAGAUUUUGAUAUUGACAUUAAGGAGGAUGUAGAAGAGGAAUGUUCUAGAUUUGGCCGGGUGAAGCAUAUUUAUGUAGACAAAAGAAGUGCAGGAUUUGUGUAUUUGCGGUUUGAAUCAGUGGAAGCAGCAAGUGCUGCUCAACGAUCUAUGCACAUGAGAUGGUUUGCACGUAGGUUGAUUUCAGCUAUUUUCAUGCCACCCCAGCUAUAUGAAGCCAAGUUUAAGGCGGAAGCUUGAAGAAUGGCUGACGGGAAUCGCGGAGGCUGAUGAUAUCAGUCUCAUAAUUUGCACCUGAUGGUUUUCACAAAGGGAUGUCUAGAGAAAUUAUCAUGUCCAGAUGAUAUGAUGUUUAUGAUUUAUUGUAUCAUCUUGCAUCUCCGUGCAUAAACGACUGUAUUAUAUUCUUGGUUUAGAUGUAUGAUGCCGAAGAGGCUUUAUAUAUAUUGAGAGAAAAUUUGCUGGACAGCAAACACUUCGUCUUUACUUAUCGAUGUGUGCUCUUAUUUCUAA